AAACAUUUUAUUUUGUCUCAUGGAUGUUUCUUAUAUUAUUUACUAUGGUUAAAGGUUCCUGUUUGGAAUAUGGUCAUUCCUGUUGGGGUGCACAUGGUAAACGUUCUGGCAAUCAUAAAAUCUAUCAUACAGAUAUUAAGUCACCUACAGAAGUUGAUUUCCAAGACUUAAAUGGUUUAAGUGAAAAGAACACCUAUGAUAGCACCGAGGAGCAAAUAAAUGCCUCUACCGAUUCAUUAUCUUCCAAUCGCGACCUGACAAAAGAUAUCGAUGAACUUAUAGAGACGCCCGAUAAACCCAACAUAAAAUUUAAGAAGUUUCUAUAUAAAAAACUAAAUAAAACAAAUGGAAAACAACGAAAUAUGGAACCACCCGAACAUCAUAGCGCACACAAAUCCAACAAUAUGCCACUGAUCAGUGAAAGAUGGCGACGUUUUCCUUUAUACAAUUUAAGACGCCUACAAAUCAGCAAAGCCGACAAUGACUGGUUAAGGGAAUUGGAAAGAGAAAGGGAAUCACAAACAAAUGAUGACGAUUAUAUAUAAAACAUGGACCUAAGGAAAAGCACAAAGAUAAAUGCAUUAAGUAAAAAGUAUUAAAACCAAACGACAGACAGACAUAACAGCAGCAGCCGCUACACUUACAAAUCCAAACUCAUCAAGAUAUUUCCCCUCUGAAUGUUAAACAAUUUAAUAAUUAUAAAUAUAUUAAAUAAAUUAUAUUAAAACAAAAACCUCUAGAAAUUUGCAUGUUAAAAAGUAAUUAAAUAUAAAUUCAUAAAAAAAUAUUAUUUUAAACUUGUGUAGAGAACUUACUAAAUGUUAAUACUAUUUGUGUAUAAAUAAAUUUUAUGAUUAAUAUUUGCCAUUAAUUAGAAAAAGAUACAAAAAACUUCAAAGACG